GUUUUACUUAUUUUCCAUAUUUUUCUUUGUCUUUUUUUUUUCUCGUUUUCUCCUCUAUGUUCUAACAAUUUUUGAGUAUUCAAGCAUUUAUUAUUUUUGUUAAAAAGUUAAGACUGAAGUUUACUUCAUAAAACAUAUCAGUUUUUAUAAUUUUUAAUUUUUAUACUCACGAUUUUAUUUUCUAAAUUUUUUAUCUAUUUUUAUGUAAAUAAAAAAAAUCUGAAUGAUUUUUCAUAAAAAAAUGAUGGAAAAUCACAAAAAAGUCCCCAACAACAACCCCUUACAUAACAUGUAUUUGGUAAGUGAAUACUAUCCCACCGGGCUCUGAAGUUGCAGAUGUCGAAGAAAAAUCAAAACAAAUCGUGAGAAUUCUGUGAAAAUUGUGAAAAAAGUGAAGAAUCUCUGUUAAUCUGUGGAAUUUGUGAACACAACAAUUAUGGCUGACUACUGGAAGUCCAAUGAGAGGAAAUUCUGUGAUUUCUGCAAGUGCUGGAUUGCAGACAAUAAGCCCAGUAUCCAAUUUCAUGAGAAUGGGCGCCGACAUAAGGCAAAUGUGGAGAAGAGAAUAUCGGAUAUUAGCAAGAAGGCGGCAAAAGAUGAGAAGAGUCGCAAAAAGAUGGAUAUUGAGCUGAAGAAGAUGGAAGAAGCAGCUAUGGCGGCGUAUGCACAGGAUAUCAGCAGGAAUGCAGAUAUGACGUCACAGAACAUCAAUAGAACCCUAAAGGAAGCUGGUCUCGAUGCGGAGAGUAUAGCCGUUCCGGGAACAUCCGCAGCAGCCACGGAAGAAAUGCCAAGAGUACGCAUGAAGCCCGUUGAUCCCCUCCUACCGCCUGUGGAUGUACAAGAGAUGGCCUUCAUGAAUGCCCAGAGAGCUGCAGCAGCAGCAAAUGAUGGGGAUACAAUUGUGCCAAAAGAUCCCACACUGUGGUGCGAGGCAAAAUCCCCCGAAGGCUACACAUACUACUGGAAUGUGAAGACAAAUGAAUCCAUUUGGGAGGCACCAAAAGAGGGAUAUCUGUCCCUGGAGGAGUACAAUAAAAUCAAUGCGGAGGCAACGAAGCAGCAGGAAAUGUUGGCGGUUAGAGAGACGAAAGAUUUCGUCGCGUCGGCGGAAGAGUUUGUUGCCAAGAACAAACGAGAGCGCCUCAAAGAACGUCGUGUGAAGAAUGAUGGUGAUAGUAUCAAGGACAAAUGGGCACAGCAGGAGGAUUAUCAAGCUGUAGAUUGUUUCGUUUCCGCCACUGCUGGCCCCUAUGGCAAAUGGGAGACUGUUACACCAAAAGAAGAGAAAUUCACAGAUCUGCAGCUGCCGAAAGUGAGGUACACACCUGCCUAUGGUCCCCCUGUUAUUGAUCCUACACCACAGAAUGUUGAGCCAAUGAGGAAUUUCAAGGAGAAGGAAUUAAAGUUGGAUGAUGCCACCGCCUCGAGUACUCCGGGAGUCUUCAAGAAGCGCAAAAUUCAGCCGAUGAAUAAGAAAAAUGCCCGUCAGAGAUUAAAUGAUGAUUAGACAUCAGAAUAAGAGAAAAAAAAUACAAAAAUUAAGAAUAUAA